AUGGCCCUGUUGAAGUCGGUAAGAGAUCUCGAGGAACGGCUGGCUGCGGCCAAGGCCAGCUUGGACAGCUCAAUACACAAUAAGUCUCCCACACCCGAGCGUGCGACGGCAGUGACACCUGUGACCUCGAACCAACCAGCCGUUGUGCUGUCCAAGGACGACUACAAGAAUUUGGUGGAUCUCUACUUCUUCAGUCACAGCAAUCGUUUCGACCCGGAAUCGCCUCAUUCGUCUCCGACGCCGAAAUUCCUGGAGGACUAUGCAUUCCGUCUGUCCGAGGACUUUGCACCCCCCCAGGCCUAUGCGGAGUUUUAUACCGAAGAUGAAGGCUACGAGUCACCCCUCAAGGAGGUAGAGAAGAUGCUCAAGUCGAAGCAGCUACGCGAAAUCUCUGCCUUCAAAGCCUUUGUCGAUCUGCUCCUCGACAAUCACUCCUCAAAUGCAGCACUAUUCAGAGCUUACAAGCGGCUGCCACAACCCGGGGUCGCGUUCCUCCCCAAGGGGACUAUCAGAUUGUUUCUGCAACGCAUGUCGACACCCUGGCAGAAGAGCGAAAAAUCAAUGAUCAGAUAUCUGUCAUUAAUUGACGACAUGCAAAAGGCCAAUCUACCAAUCGCAAGGUCGGAAUGGGCCUCUGCUAUUUACCUGGCUGGCAGGUCUUUCUCAAAAGUGACGGAAUCGGAACUGAAUGCUGCGCUGCGACUGUGGAAGCAGAUGGAACAGGAAGCUGGUGUCCAGGCUCACAAUAUCACUUUCAACAUUCUUUUUGACAUUGCAGUGAGGGCUAACAAAUACCCCCUGGCUCAGAUGAUCCUGAAAGAGAUGCACGAUCGGGGUCUUCAUCUCAAUAGGCUUGGCCGUGUCAGCGUCAUCUAUUAUCAUGGGCUACGAGGCGAUGGUGACGCUGUUCGAAAAGCUUACCGCGAUUUUGUCGAUGCCGGAGAAAUCGUCGACACACUUGUGCUGAAUUGCGUCAUGGCGGCGUUGUUCAACGCUCAAGAACCGGCGGCGGCGGAGCAGAUAUACGAGCGGAUGAAGAGUCUGCAUAUGAAUACCCGUCGAGAAGUGCGAAACGACGGCACUGUGGCCUCAUACCGACAAUAUCCAGGCCCGGGUCCGGAACUGAUCCACCGCAAGCUGGCUGCGAACUCUUUGAGGAGAGUCUUGCUCUUCGCGAGUAGACUGAAACACCUUCUGCCGGAGCAUCACAAGGAGGCACAAGAGUUGAUGCCGUUGAGACCGGACCACACAACCUUCCGGACCAUGAUCUCUUACCACGCAAACGUUUCCGGGAACCUCAACCGAAUCACAGUGUUAAUAAACGAAAUGUCGGAGCUAUUCGGUUUACCAUUGCAAAGUAUUCACUACCAGCUGCUGUUCAAGGGAUUUGCCCUCCAUGGCGCCACAAGAAACCCGCAUGCGACUUGGAAUCUGCACCGGCUAAAUUUGGCCUGGGAAGCUUGUCGAAAAGACAUCCGAGAAGGCCAGAUUGCCCGCCGACGAGCCAAGCAGACAAAAUCCGAUGACCAGACACUCCCGUCGAUUGACAUCAUCAACGAAACCUCUGAAGACCGAGAGCCGGUUCUCGGAGAACCAAGAGGCCUCAAACGCAUGAGCGAAUGGGAUGAUUUUGUUCUUGACCUCGCUGCGUUUCCUAGGGAACGAAGGAAGCACAUCGAAAGAAUCCACGCCGAGCUCUUCGAUGAGGAGAGAGAGAAGCGAGAACCUCUCAUCCGGAAUCCCUUCUCUCGUGGUUCGAGGGAGUCCCUACCACAUGAUCAGAAGACCUACUACCCGUUAGGAGAGCGCAAGUUGGAUCAAGAGGAAGGGGAAUAUGUGCUGCCGUCGCCGAUUCUGGCAAUUGAUCCGUCUAGCAGCGAGGUGCAGGGUGGAUAUUGCGCUGAAGAGAGCAUUGAAGAGACUGUUAAGGAAACAAUCCAGAUCGUUCCAGAGCCACGGACACUCCCACAUACAACAGAAUCUCCAGACACAGAAUGGCACAGCAAUGCUGGAUCUAGCACAGACCAUACAUCACCGCAGUCCGAAGCCGAGAUAGACUCGCAUUCUGACCCUGACGGUGAAGAUGGCCGCGACGUCCCACCCGUGCCAUCCACCUCGCAGUACCAGGUGGAAGCCACUCGCCCGUUGAUCUGCUGGCUCUUGCGCGCCUACGCCAACGCGACGGGUUCGCGCCAGCAAGUGGAAGCGAUCUGGGACUCUGUGCGGCCGCUGUGGCACUCGCGCGAGCCGAACGACCAGGCCGCGGUGAUCCGGGUGCUGAGGCGAUGCCUGAGGAAUUGUGAUCGAUACGGUCCGCCAUUGUGA